UCCUGCGCGCGGGGCCGAGGAAGCCUUGACUUUAUAAGGCCGGCGCAGGCGAGCGCGGCGCUGCCCUCCCGCCUCGCGGGGAUCAUGCGUGAUGCCCGGCUAGCGCCCCCGCCGCGGGCCCGGUGAAGCCCGGCCGGAGCCCGGCGGAGGUGGCGGUGGGUGCGCAGCAUGGAUCCCCUGGGCGCUCACCCGCUGCAGCACAGCCACGCCGAGCCCAUCAGCUUCGGCAUCGACCAGAUCCUCAACAGCCCGGACCAGGGCAGCUGCAUGAUCGCCAGCCCCCGGCUGCAGGAGGCGGCGGACUACGGGCUGGGCUGCAUCGUGCCCGGCGCCUACAACCCCAUGCCCGGCGGCUACGGGGCAGGCGGCGGCUCGGCCGGGGGGUACGGCGGCGCCUGCAGCAUGGGCUCGCUGCCCGGCUCCUACAACGUGGGCAUGAACGGGGCCGGCCUCAACGCGGCCGGGGGGGUGAUCCGCGUGCCGGCUCAUCGGCCCCUGGCAGGGGGGGUCCCGCAGCCCCUCUCCGGCGCCGCGCCCGCGGUCAGCAACGUGGGCAGCCUCACGGGCCUCACCUUCCCCUGGAUGGAGAGCAACAGGAGAUACACCAAAGACAGGUUCACAGGUCACCCCUACCAGAACCGGACCCCCCCCAAGAAGAAGAAGCCCCGCACGUCCUUCACGCGCCUGCAGAUCUGCGAGCUGGAGAAGCGCUUCCACCGCCAGAAGUACCUGGCCUCGGCCGAGCGCGCCGCCCUGGCCAAGGCGCUCAAGAUGACCGACGCGCAGGUCAAGACCUGGUUCCAGAACAGGAGGACCAAGUGGAGGCGGCAGACGGCGGAGGAGCGGGAAGCGGAGCGGCAGCAAGCCAACCGCAUCCUCAUGCAGCUGCAGCAGGAGGCCUUCCAGAAGACCAUCAACCAGCCCAUCCAGGCCGACCCCAUCUGCGUCCACAACUCGUCCCUCUUUGCCCUCCAGAACCUCCAGCCCUGGUCCGACGACUCCACCAAGAUCACCAGCGUCACCACCGUGGCCUCGGCGUGCGAAUAAAGCCCCGGGCGGUGGGGGCAUCCGCCUGCGUUCAGAGCCACCCCAGUCCCGGAGCCCCCUUCCUCCCCGGGGGCAGCUGCCACCCACGCACAAGUCUGGGGGACGAUCCACCCACAAGCAGUGUUUCCUCUUUCUUUCUUUUCCCUUUUGAAAGCCUCCGAUGCCAGCCAAGUCCUGGCAAAGGGCUUGCUCAGCUAUCCACGCCGCUUUUCCAAAAGCUACGGAGGAAACCCCCCCUCUGAUUCCCAUCCACGGCCAGUGCAGACCCUGGGCUCGGGCUUUCCGGCUGGUUGUUUCAGACACAGCGGCGCUGUCCUGCUUGGGACCUUUCCGGGCCGAGCCCCGGGGCACUCGCGCGGCAGAAACGCUCAGGCCGGACUCGGGCGACGGACAAAACAGCCCAGCUCGCUCCCGUCACGCGGCAGAGAGUCCUUUGCAUAGCAGUUAGGGAUGCCUCCGCCCCUUUUAAUUAAUAUUUUUCCAGGGGAGGACUAAGAGGAGAAUCUGACAGAGCUUUGACGAGAGCAGAUGCAACGUUUCAAACAAUCGUAUGAAGAUUCCUGGCGGUUUCCCUGGAAACCUCAGACUCUACAUUGAUCAACUUAUAUUUUAAUAACUAUGAGACAUCUGUGGCAUUUCGCAGGGAUAAUGCAGUUUCAUUCAGCGGAUUAUUUCGGUAUCAUUUACAGACGUUGUUCAAUAUUUUAUUUACCUUUUCUUUCCCCUUUUGCUUUAGAAGUCGGUUGAUGAUGGGGAGGGGGGCAACCUCCUUCAACUGUUUCACUCGGUCAUUUCUACCGUCGUACGGAGGGAACGAGAUGUGAUGUAAGCGAGGCACUUCUUAUAGCAAAACGCCAGGAAUAUAUAGAUUAUAUAUAUAUUAUACAAUAUAUAUUUUUCAGUUAUGUAUACGCUAAAGCCACACUGCCAAUUCAAGCAGCUGGUGCAAACAAUCAAUCAAAAAACCUAUUUUCAGUGAGAUUUUUAAAGGCGUUCAUUUGUUCUGUUUUGUUUUGUUUUUUAAGUUAUGCACUUAUAAGGUGUUUUAUGUGUAUUCAUUUUAUAAAGUGCUUGUGUAAUUUAUGUGGGGGAAAAAUUAAAAAAAAAAAAAGGAAUAAACAAAAAAAAUCUCCAGGGCACUGGACAAAUCAUCAAACGCCUUGUUCUU